CCGGUGAGUCACGCAGAUCCCGCUGCAGUCCUUGCAGGGAGCGCUGCGCUCCGCAUGAUCCGCAGGCUCUCAGGGUGACAUUGUUUCCUGAAUGAUGCAACUGAAAAUUCCCUUUCCCGCGCUUCUCGUUUCCUGAUCGCUUUUCCCUUUGUUCUCCAAGACAUUCCAGCAGCUGCGUGUCUUCCGCUCCUGGGCUUUUUUUCCUCUACGAAUCUCUGCGAAGACAAGUUAUGUCCACGGCUACUCUGAUUACCUUGGUACGGAACGGGGGGUUCCAAGUGAGAAGGCGAGCCGCGCUCACGUCCCGCCUGCUGCAGGACGAGAAGCGCCCCGCCGCCGCCUGCUCCAUCUCCACCUGCGAGCGCCGCGCCUCCCGCUUCGACCCCGAUGGGAGCGGCCGGCCCACCACAUGGGACACCUUCGGCAUCUGGGACAACCGCAUCGACGAGCCCAUCCUCCUCCCGCCCAGCAUCAAGUACGGCAAGCCGAUCCCAAAGGUGAGCCUGAGCAACGUGGGCUGCGCCAGCCACAUCGGGAAGCGGAAGGAGAACGAGGACCGCUUCGAUUACGCGCAGCUGACGGAGGAUGUCCUGUACUUCGCGGUGUACGAUGGGCACGGCGGGGCGGCAGCUGCAGACUUCUGUGAUAAGUACAUGGAAAAAUAUAUUAAGGAAUUUCUUGCUGAGGAGGAGAACUUGGAAAAUGUUUUGACUAAAGCUUUUCUAGAAAUAAACAAAGCAUACGAAAGGCAUGCUAAUCUCUCUGCUGAUGCCACUCUGCUGAAUUCUGGGACCACUGCAACAGUGGCUCUGCUCCGGGAUGGAAUUGAGCUGGUUGUGGCAAGUGUGGGAGACAGUCGUGCUCUGCUGUGCCGGAAGGGAAAGGCUGUGAAACUCACCACUGACCAUACUCCAGAGAGAAAGGACGAGAAGGAAAGGAUUAAGAAGUGUGGUGGCUUCGUUUCCUGGAACAGUUUGGGACAGCCUCACGUGAACGGUAGACUUGCAAUGACACGGAGCAUAGGAGAUUUGGAUCUUAAAAACAGUGGUGUGAUAGCCCAGCCAGAAACAAAAAGGGUUCAGCUGCACCAUGCACAUGACAGCUUCCUGGUGCUGACCACCGACGGCAUCAACUUCAUUGUGAACAGCCAGGAGAUCUGCGACUCCAUCAGCCAGUGCCACGACCCUGCUGAGGCUGCCCACGUGGUCACUGAGCAGGCAGCGCAGUUUGGCUCUGAGGACAACAGCACCAUUGUCAUUGUGCCAUUCGGAGCCUGGGGCAAGUACAAGAACGGGGAGAUCACCUUCUCCUUCAGCCGCAGCUUCGCUUCCAGCGGGAGGUGGGCGUGAAGACAACGCCACAGCCAUCCUUUGCUGCCGUCACCUGGCCACAGCGUGCUACAGGAGAACACCUCCAUCUGUUCCUAGGCUGACCCAGUGUCUUGUCCAUCUCUUCUGUUCCCAGUGCUAGAAGGUGCCACUGCUCCUUGGUGCGUAGUGCCUGUUGUUGCUUACAGCUGACCGUGUUUGCUGCCCGCGUUAUUCCAGGAGGCAGAGGGGCAGCGCCCUGGGCUUGUAGCCCCAGCAGCUCCACACAUCAUUUUGUUGACACAGAUGAGGUUCUGGGCUUUCACCUGAGGCUGGAGGGGGUGCACAGUCAUUUCAUGCCUCAGUUCCCUGGCAGCUGUGAGUGCCUGAGCCACAUGCUGGCUUCCUUGUCCGGUAAAACACAGGGGAACAAACGCACAAUGUUCUUAGGUAGACAGAAAGAUGGUUUGUUGUCUUUUCUGCUGCAGCCACCCAGAAUUCCCCUGUGCUCCAGGAGAAGUGGGUGAAAAAUGAAGGAGAAGUUUCAGAAUGUUUAGGUUCUGAUGCCAGUGGCAUUUGGUGUAGCUGUGCAAGUUCCUGAGACAGUGCUGCUUUGUGCUCCCACUGCCAUCAUCUGUGAUCCUCUAGCUCCAAGGAGACAGACCAGGCUGGAGCCACGUGCUGUUGGACAGAUGGGAACCUUUCUCCAUUUGGUCCAAAGCCUGUGCAGUCUCUGUGGACCAUGCAGCAGCCCCUUGCACUGUCUUCUCUUUGCUGUCAGUGCCUGACAGAAGCACAGAGGAGGGAGAAAGACGCACAGUUUUGAUAUCCAGAGACUCUCAUCAACUUGAAUUUCUUUUUUUUUUUUAAUAAAGAAAAUAAGCUAAUUUCAAAGAGUUUACUCUUCAAGAUCUGAUGUGUAAGACAGUUUAUUUCUUCAUACAUGCAUGAGGAUUUUCCUGCCCUCUGCUGAAGGUGUCUGAGUUAGUUUUGAUCUCUCAUGUCUCUUCAUGGUACAGAAGGAGGUAUAAAAUGCCCAAAACAAGCUAGAGAAAGGAGAGAGCAUUGUAAUAAUGUAAGUUGAUUUUUCUAAGCUUUGGGUGUUGCUUCUAGCAGAUGUCAGAUAUUUAGACAUCAGAAAGGAGUCUUAUACUUAAAGAAACUGUUUCCACUUCCCUUCUUGGAGAGGAAUCUGUAUCCAGUGAGGCAUGGGGGGACCAGAGCUCUGAUCCAGCUCAUAUCACUGCUGUGACAUGGACUGCAGGUGACAGGUUGGCACAGGUGAAGAUCUGUCCCAGUUCAGACCUCUUCCUUCCACCAUUCCACACCAGCUGUCAGCUCCUCUGGCAGCGAAAUAUGGGCAGAGAAGAACUGGUCUUUUCUCAGCCCUGCCACAGUAUUUUUCCUUCUAUGGAUGCUUCCAAGAGCACAACUGUAAAAGCAAAACAAAAUGAAAGAGAAGUUGCCUGAUACUAAAUCACCUUGUGAUAAAAAAGAAUGCUGAGGUGCCUGGCCUGAUUCUGAUUUUCCAGUGUGAAAUACAUAUCCUCAUUACUUUUUUCCCUUUCCUUUCAAUCCAGGGUUACCCCUCAGUCAGUCACUCCAUGCAUUUUUCCUUGUCUGUGGUGGAAGGCCCAGCAGAGCACUGUGUUGUACUGACAGCAUUAAGUACUGGGUGUUCAGAGUGCCCUGCUUUUGUCUGUCCCAUCGCUUGGUGUGUACAGUGACCUUAUUUGGGCUGUAACUGCAGUGGUGUGUGUAAAUUUCUGCUGUACUGGAUGCUGAUGCCCGGGCAUGUGUGGUGAGCACACCACUGGUUUGCAAUCCUAAUUCCCUCUCUCCUCAGAUUUUCCCCAGAGCUGAGGGUCAGUGUUCACCUGAGGUCAGGAUGGUUGCUGUUGGGGGUUUGUAUUUCUCCUAAUGGCAUGGUUAUCUUCUCAGGGGAAGAAUCCAUCCGUAACUUCUUUGAAAUCUUACCAGGGAAGGGAUAAGACAAAGCUCUGUGAAACAGAGGAUGAUUAGAUUAAGAUGUAUUGGUGGUUGCUAUUGCUGCUUCUCUAUUAUUGCAGAAACACUUGGAUUGGGAAGGACUCCUGGGCACCAUCUCACCUCCAGUCCUUUCUAUUGGACCUGCUGUUUUCUUUGUCCAGUUUCUUUUUCACUCCUGGGGCAAUUCCUGGAGUUGCUGCUGUUGUUUUAGUCCUGCCUCAAGCCCAGCCCUGAGGCUCAGUGGGCACAGGCCAGACCCCAGUACGGGGCAAAAGCUGCUCUUUUUCACUGGGGUGGGCAAGGCACCCCUCCAUCAGGUGACACACUGGUUUGCCAGGGUUGUUGACCGUUCAGGUGUGAAGUUCCAGGCUCUGAGAGGUGAUACCUGUACUAGGAACCAGCCCAAAUCCUUCCACACACCCUGCCAGCCAGGGAACAGCCACCUCAGGGCAUGUUUCAGUAUUUCUUCACCCACAAAUCUUCUCUUAUGCCACGAUGGCACCAGAUUCCACCAACCCAACAGUGCCAACAGUGUUAAUUAGUAGCAUUAGCAGCUCAUAAAAACACAAACAAGGACCUUUGGAACCUGCACAGUCAUCCCCACCAACCUAGAGUGGGGAAAGGGAGAUGUAUUCCCUCAUCCUCUUGUGGAGACAAGAGAGGUCCUGCAGUGCAGCAAGGCCAUCCCUACCAGGACACAGCCCAGAGCCAUUGUUUGUGCUGACACCUUCCCAACUUCAGCCUUACAAAGGAUAAGCAGUGCAGCCAGCAAACUCCUGACUCCCACAGGAGGUUGCCAUUGCUGCAGUAAGACACUGGAUACAAAGCUGCCCUUGUCUGUCCCAUGCUGGGUGCCAAAAAGGACCAUGGAAGGUGGGCCUUGGCUGGACAUCAGUUGCCCACCAAGCUGUUCUUAUCACUUCCUUCCUGAGCAGGAUGAGGGAUGGGGGGAGAAAAUAAAAUGAAAAAAAAAAAAAAACAAAAUCUGGUCAUGAUAAAGACAAAGAGUGUUACCAGCCCCUUUUCAGGUCCACACACACAGCCCAGCACUGUGGGGAGA